AUGCUUUCUCACUCGUCUUCUCACUUUCUCUUUCUAAAUCACCAUCCGCGCCGCCACCCUGACUCCGCCCUCUUUUCUCGCUCUUCGUCUCUUCCUUUUCGAGUUUCUCAUUCGACUCUAAAAUUUGGAGCAAUUGAUUUCAAAAUGAGUUCUAACAAUUCUAAUGUCUCCUGUAACGGUAACAGUAACGUUGACAUUCAGACUAUUGACCUAGGGUUUGACCAUUUGGACCUCGACAGCUUUGUUGACGUCAGCAACAAGCUCGCCGACACUUCCGGUGACGUUAUCCGCAAGUACUUCCGGAAGCCUUUCGACAUUCUUGACAAAGAAGACUUGAGUCCGGUGACAAUUGCUGAUCAAGCGGCAGAGGAGUCGAUGGUGAAGAUUAUAGAGGAGAAUUUUCCUUCUCAUGCAAUUUUUGGAGAAGAGAGUGGGUGGAGGUGCAAGGAAAAUGCUGCAGAUUACGUUUGGGUUUUGGAUCCAAUUGAUGGGACGAAAAGUUUUAUUACUGGCAAACCCCUGUUUGGAACUCUAAUUGCUCUACUACACAAGGGUAGACCGAUUCUUGGCAUUAUUGACCAACCUGUUCUGAGAGAGAGAUGGAUUGGAAUAAGUGGGAGGAGAACUACUUUAAAUGGACAAGAAAUAUCCACUCGCAGUUGUCCGCAACUUUCCAAAGCCUACCUGUACACUACUAGUCCACAUCUAUUUUCUGGUGAUGCUGAGGUGGCCUUUGCUCGAGUAAGAAGUAAGGUCAAAGUGCCUCUAUACGGCUGUGAUUGUUAUGCUUAUGCUCUAUUGGCAUCAGGCUAUGUGGAUCUUGUGAUUGAGUCGGGUCUUAAGCCGUACGAUUUCCUUUCACUGAUACCAGUAAUUGAAGGCGCGGAUGGAGUCAUAACUGAUUGGGCAGGACAUCAACUUCAUUGGGAAGCUUCAUCAAGUUCCGAUGUGGCAAGUUUUAAUGUAGUGGCAGCUGGGGACGAAAGGGUCAAGAAAUGCUAUAACAGCAUUUGGCAUAAUAUCCAGCUUGACGCAUCACAAAAAACAGAGAAGAGAAGAACACGGUCCAUGUACACUACUAGUCCACAUCUAUUUUCUGGUGAUGCUGAGGUGGCCUUUGCUCGAGUAAGAAGUAAGGUCAAAGUGCCUCUAUACGGCUGUGAUUGUUAUGCUUAUGCUCUAUUGGCAUCGGGCUAUGUGGAUCUUGUGAUUGAGUCGGGUCUUAAGCCGUACGAUUUCCUUUCCCUGAUACCAGUAAUUGAAGGCGCGGGUGGAGUCGUAACUGAUUGGGGAGGACAUCAACUUCAUUGGGAAGCUUCAUCAAAUCCCGAUGUGGCAAGUUUUAAUGUAGUGGCAGCUGGGGACAAAAGGGUCUAUCAAGAAGCUCUAGACACUUUACAAUGGCACUGA